AUGGGGAAGGAGGAGGUGUUGCAAGGUGGGAUAUACCAUUUUGACAAUAAACCCUUAAUAGUUAAAGCUUGGAGUCCAGACAUGGAGUUUACUCGAGAAGAGUUGUAUACUGUUCCUAUAUGGGUGAAAUUACCAGGAUUAGAUUUCAAAUACUGGAGUCCCAAAGGACUGAGUAAAAUUGGAAGUUUAAUUGGGAAGCCAUUAAUGGUGGACCAAAAUACAGAGAGGAAAUUGGGACUGAGUUUUGCCAGGUUGUUGAUAGAAGUGGAAAUGAAAGUGAAAUUACCGGAUAAAGUUUUCUUCAAAAAUGAGAGAGGAGAGUUGAUUGAACAAAAAGUGCAGUAUGAUUGGAAACCCACACUGUGUAAUUUUUGUAAAAAGUAUGGACACGAUGAAGGGAUUUGCAGGAAGAAAAAUCCACCUCCUAAUCAAAGGAGAGGGGAAGAGCAACAACCAAACAUAGUGAGAGACAAAGGGAAACAAAAGGAAACAGGGGAAGAAAAUCAAUACAGAGAAAGACAAACUGGAAUGAUAAACCAGAGGAUCAUUGAUGGAGGGGGGAAAAGUGGAACAACUACUACCAUACAAGGAGGAAGGAAGGUAGGGUGGACCACUCCAGUGAAUAAGUCACUGAGUCCAAAUAGGCAGAGGAACCAAGUUCAUCAGGGAGAGGUGGCUCAUAAGAACACCUUUCAGGUUCUACAUACAGAAGAAGCUAGAGAACAACCUUCAAUGACCACAACUGUAAAUGGGGGAGGGAAUGCGAUUCCCAGCGUGAAUGGAUAA